UUUAUUGGGUGUGGCUGGGAAUAGUGAAACAGCAAUGGGUGCAAACAACAGCAAGGAAGACACGCUGGAUAAAUAUGGUUCUCUCCUGAACGAGACUGAGAAAGUAUUGGUACGAGACUCGUUCAAAACUAUAUGUGCUUCUCAGCAAGAAAUCGAUCGUUUCUCUGCCUCUCACCUUCAAGUUUAUGCUACUACGUUUGGUUUGUCUGAGACCAUUGAUCCAAACCGAUUUGUGUCUGCUCUCUCCGUCACAGUUCAGCCUGACGGUACUGUAACUCCACCCAUAAGUCACGUAACUUAUUCAAAUUAUGUUCAGAACAUUAGUAUAUUGGUAAAGGGGUCGCCACAGCAAAGGUCACAAAUAUUUUCUCAUCUUCUGAAGCCUCCGCUGAGCACUGAUAAAGUUGAGGCUCUCUUGUUAAGUUUCCUAUGUUUCUUAUUAAUGCCCAAUAAAUUAAGCUCAGCUCAUUUUCCUCAGUACAAGUACUGGCCUGGUAACGAGGAGUCUCUAAAGGAUAUGGUCAGUUAUUUGACGAAAUCCCUCAAGACGGGAGCUCCAACGCUCGACAAGAUUGAAAUCCAAAUUUGGUUAAUGUCCUGCUCACUUGCUAAUUUUGUAAUCCAGUCUUUCUUUAAGCUCUCCUUUAUCCUUCCUCUCUCCACUCUUCACGAAGCAGUUGAUGACGAUGAAACUCUUCUACCCGACGUCGUAGUCCAUCCGAAACUAAAUGUGUCCAUGAAAUCUCAUAUACUUGAUCAUGGAUCCAUGCUAUACAUUCAUAGUAUACUCCCUCACGAGCUAAAGAGCUGCAUGUAUCCGUUAUUUUCUACUAAACUUCACGGAGAGAGUUUUUCCACGUUGUGUCGUCAGAUAUUGGAUAGGGGACCUAUCCUUCUUGUCAUUAAGGACACUGGUGGGCAUGUCUUUGGAGCUGUGACUUUUGAUCCCUGGAAAUUCACUCCGACUUUUACUGGUACCAGUAGCUUUUUAUUUACAUUAAAGCCUACUUUUGGCUCAUACAUGCCAACCGGUUAUAAUCAGAAUUACAUGUAUCUACAGCAAUCAGCACAGACACUACCCAAUGGACUGGGAAUGGGAGGACAAAUAAAUUAUUUUGGUUUAUGGUUGUCGUCCGACUUUGGUAAAGGGAGCAGCAAAGCUCGUCCAAAGUGCAGCACAUUUGGAUCACCUUGUCUCUCUUCAACUGAAGAAUUCACUAUUGACAUAAUGGAAGCAUGGGGACUUGGUAAACCUAUAAUACCAGAAGACGAUGAAGAGGAUAAAGAAGUUAGUAUAUUAGAUAAGGACAGAGAAGCUCGAGCAUUAUUGGAGAUUGCUGGUAAGCCAAGACUAAGUGAAGGAUUGAGGGACGAGCCAGAAGAUGAUGACUAAAAAUUAUUAUUGUUAUUCUAUUAAUUUUUACGCCAAUUUUCAGCCGCGCCUGCUA